ACAAAAAAUCUAGAAUUAAUCAAAAUUUGAUUUUAAAGUGCUUUUAGGACACAAGUACCAAACGUGGCACUAGUAAAAGAGUCGUAGAAAUCUAGCAACAGCUUACCUAAAGAUAUCAUGGACUAUGCCAUCAACCAACACAUCCAAAAUUCAGGUGAAAAAGUCUCUCAUAAUCAUGUCGACGGAAAAGAUAGUUUGGAGAUUAAAAGGCCAGACAAAAGUAAAUUGGAUGAUUUAAAGGAACCCGUUUUGAAAACAUUCACAGAGCUGAACAUAGUGAACGAUACAAAACCAGACCAGGAUGUGGGACAGAAUGGUCAGGCGCCUGGGGUGGCCGGAGAAGCAACUACAGCUAUGAAAUCAAACUACUCAAUUUCAUCUACAGCCCUAGAAGAUGAGUCGCAAACAAGUCCGGAAGAGCAGAUAAGCAGGAGUAAAGUAGGAACUAGUGUGUCAUGUCCUGGGCCUGAAAUCACAGAAGCUAGAGCACCCAUGAGAUUAAGGUCUCGCUUUCGAAUACCGAAAAUUCAUCUGCCUAGAACUUCAUUCAGGCAGUUCAGAAGAUCUAUCCCGAAACAUGGGCAACUGGUUGAAGAGGAGAUUUCUACUCCUAAUAGCACUUUGGAGAGGAACAUAGAACCGAUCACGGUAGAAGCAUGCCCUGAUAUCAGCUCUGAUGACCGUCGACGAAGGCACAGAUUGGAGAGAUUAAGAAAUGUAUGGAAAGGGACAAAGAGAUCGUUUCCUUCCUGUAACUGUAUGAGACGAAGAGAUAGAAGUCAAGACUACCGUCCCUCAGGUGAGAACGAUGUGCGUGGCCUGGAUGGUGGCCGUUUGGAGUUGCCAUCAGAAUUUACAUCAGUAGCCAACGAGAAUGCUGAGGUGGAAACGAGAACAGAUCAUGGGUGAAGAAAAAAGCUUGCAUGAAAUAGUAUUGUUCUAUCGUUAUGUUCCAUGAUUAAAAUUUUUGUCAACUGUU